AUGCUGAGUACGUCGUUGCAAGUGUCUGAUAUUGGAUAUGUGUCACAUUCGUGAGAUGACUAUCAUUACUGAAUUGAGGCUUAACAGAUAACACAGCGUUUUCUCCAAAUUAACUUCUCGUUCUCGUUCAAAUGGUUAUUGCGUUGUCCACAAAUACCUUAAAUGUUAUGUUCUGUUGUUGUGAAACGCCCUUAUUUCAGGACUCAAUUUUCUGACUUUUGGUGGCCUUGCUCCAACAAAACUUCAUAUCAGGCACGUUUCUUUUUUCACAAUUCAAAGGUUAAAGAUUAUACAAUAAUAACUUUAAAGUAAUAGCCCCAAAAUAAUCCUCUUAACUAAAGGUGCCUUGCUUGUCACCAGUAGUACCUCAAAUUUCCAAACAACUCACAACACACAAACGUAAGCAAUAAUUGUUAUAAUCUAAUCACCUUCUUGGCUGGAUGUUGUUCAUUGCCUAGCUGUCAUUUUGAGCCCUGAUAUCACCUUUUUGAAGGCUGAGUGCCUGGGAUGUCCAGGAGGCAAGCAUUUUUUUCCUUUGAAUAAAUCUCCAUAAAUGUUUUAAAAUUCAUUAUGUUGUUAUACCUGAAAAUGCACAACUGUCCAAACUUGACAAGGGGUUUUCAAGUAUGGUUCUUAGAUAAAUGAGUAUUUAUGAGUGCAAUAAACACGAGUUACACAUGAAUCAACCUCAUAUGAGUGUUCGUUAAAAUUCAGUAACCAGGGAACCUGUUGAAAUAACCAACAUUGCAGAGGCUUUUUUUGACUUUAUUUUUACUUGUCAAUUUCUCUCACAGUCUUGAUCUUUAUAUUUUCCUGCAUUUAAUAGGAUUCAUCUGAAGAGUCAGAAUCUGAUCAAGAGGUAAGGCGUGAAGGUGAACUUUGUGACCACUCAGGUAGAUAAUGAUUUAGAAACAAAGAAAAAUGAAAUUGAAACUUUACAGUGUACAGCAACAUGUGGCUUUUGAGUAUGCCAUAGUAAUAAAUGUUUCAAAAGUGAAGAAAAUAAAUAUUUUGUUCCCACUCGUUGCUUUUACUAAGUACAUGUAAUAGACUAAAAAGUACCAAGUACCACUUGAAACUUGUUAACUUAAGUCACCUGCUGUGCUGUUGUGAUUUGAAACCAUAGGCACCACUCUCAUUAAAUGGUUAAUAUCUUAGUUUUUUCCAGUGUUUUUCAAAUGCAAGUUGAAAUCGCAAUAAAAGCAUUCAAGUUGUCGCAAAAAAAGGUUUCUUUAAUGUAAACUCAAAUGUCUAAAACGCUAUAUAUGAAAAAAAAAUUGGUUCUUUUGUGUAAGUGUUUUUUUGGUUUUUAAUCUUGUUUGCAGGAAAAUUCAGAGUCAGGAUCCCAACGGUAGGAGAUAUCCAGUGAGGAUGGUGAUGACAAUGAAGUAUGUAUCCAGUAGAGUGUUUAAUGGAUAUGAUAUGAAUUAGCUUAGAACAAGGAUUCUGGCCAUUGCGAAGCACCCCAAGGAAGACCAGGUCCAUCAAGCAACCUGAUAUACCUUAUGUCUGACAUAAAUCAACAGCUUGGGGAUUUUCAUCCACAAGAGAAUGUUGGUCCUACUCUUCAUGCAGCUAGGCAAGUGGCCUAUUGGUCUUCUGUAAUUAUUUCACUGGUAUCUAAUGAUGCUGUCACCCCCUCCUCCACUGAUCCUUCUAACAGCCACGCUCCUUUAACUAGCUAUACUCCUUCAAGUAGCAAUUCCUACUGUGCCAAUUCCAACACCAGUGGUAUUUUCAUCUACAACAACCCAACCUUCUAUGCCCACCAAUACAAUGGCAUCUGCCCCUUCAUUCAGCUAACCUUCUUUGUCCAUCCCUGCAUCAACCCUCAUUUCAUCUGGCAUCAGCCACCCUCUGUCAAGUCGUCCUUUAGCUUUCAGGCAAUCAAUCAGCAGCCAACCCGGUACAUCCAAUCAUCCUUUAGCUUUCAGUCAAUCUAUCAGCGGCCAACCCAGUAAAUCUAAUCAUCCUUUAGCUUUCAGUCAAUCUAUCAGAAGCCAACCCAGUAUGUCCAAUCAUCCUUUACCUUUCAAUCAAUCUAUCAGAAGCCAACCCAGUGUGUCCAAUCAUCCUUUAGCUUUCAGUCAAUCUAUCAGCGGCCAACCCAGUAAACCUAAUCAUCCUUUAGCUUUCAGUCAAUCUAUCAGAAGCCAACCCAGUAUGUGCAAUCAUCCUUUAGCUUUCAAUCAAUCUAUCAGAAGCCAACCCAGUAUGUCCAAUCAUCCUUUAGCUUUCAGUCAAUCUAUCAGCAGCCAACCCAGUAUGUCCAAUCAUCCUGUAGCCUUCAGUCAAUCGAUCAGCAGCCAACCCAGUACGUCCAAUCAUCCUGCAGCCUUCAGUCAAUCUCUCAGCAGCCAAGCCAGUACGUCUAAUCAUCCUUUACCCUUUAGUCAAUCUAUCGGCAGCCAAGUGAUUUUUUGUACAACUUCUUAUGACCCUGCAACUUUAAGAAUGUUUAGGGAGUAUGGCACGGCUUCAAUUAAUGAUAUGGAAUUGUGCAAGUGUAGGUUAGAAGCAUGUGUACGAGAAAUUGACACCUGGAUGCUUCAGAAUAAGCUAAAAUUAAAUAAAGACAAAACUGAACUUCUUGUGAUAUCAUCUUUACAUCGUGCUCCACCUCCUUUGUCACAUAUUCAUGUUUGUGAUGAGAGAGUGCUGGCUUCACCAAGAGCGGGUAACAUUGGAGUUCCUUCGACAAAUCUUUGA